CUUGACUCAUUCAUUCGGUGUAUGCGCGCCAGUAACGUGGUCUGAAUUCGCGAAAUUUAAUUAAAUCAAUUUAUCGCCUUUACGUGAUUAUUUUCUUUUAUAUAAAAUAAUAAUUUAUUUAUUGAUUCUCGUGGCCCUGAACGUGUGAACUCUACGAGUGUGUGGGGGCCCACUUUGAGCCCUAAAAUGAUCAAGCAACGAUUCUUUUAUUAAGACGGUUUUUUUUGCAUAUAGUUUUAGUGACGUGCCUCCUCAUCCUCCUCCUCACGCAAAAUGAACGGGAUGAUGCGGAUAAUUUCGAACUUUAAAGACUUUUACAAUGAUAUUAAUGGGGCUACCCUCACUGGGGCGAUCGACGUCAUUGUCGUGGAGCAGCCCGACGGUUCCUUCAACUGUUCACCCUUUCACGUCAGAUUUGGCAAACUGGGGGUGCUUAGGAGCAAACAGAAAGUGGUGGACAUAGAGAUCAACGGACACCCUUUGAACAUCCAUAUGAAACUGGGCGAAAGUGGGGAGGCGUUUUUCGUCGAAGAACUGGAAGAAGACGAGGAGGAUCCUGUGCCCGAACACUUGGCCACGUCUCCCAUACCGGUGUCUGAAAUCGAGAAUAUUUUUAGAAACGGCCGCAGACGAAGCUUCAGCCUGGACGACAUCGAUCUCAACGAGCAAAACUCGUACGAAAAACGUCGAAACACCGCCGACAAUCAACUCACGAACCGCACUCACCUAGAAAUCGAUUUUCUCAAAAGACAAAUCGGUCUGGGGAAUAUCGAGGGGGCGUCGGUCGAAGACAUGACCCUCUCGCUCACCAACGGCUCGAAAAGAAGCGAGGAAGACGAUCUGAGCCACAGCCAAAACGACAUUUCCGAAACGAUAUUCAAAAUGGACAGUUUGGACGAACCGCUGGUGAAAACUGAGAAAACUCCCGAAAAAGAAACUCCACCGACUAUGGCAAAACCAUCGCUGGAAGAACCACCGAGUGAGAACAAGAGCAGCAAGAAAAAGCGGAAAAAAAUGAGAAAGAAAAACGCCCCCAGGAAAUCUGCUAGCAAUCACCUUUUAGUGACACCAACGGUGGAGACCCUGGAUAAAACCAACGAUUCUAUUACGGACCGAAGCUCUUUGGAUAGCAACUGUUCUGAGGCGGAAUUAAAGGAUUUAGGGAAAGUUGAUGCGCAGGAAACCCCCACUCAAGAAACGACCGCGACCAGUGGCAACCUUAAGAAAGUUGAGGCGGAUUUUCACUUUUUCAGCGAUACCGAAUUAACCGCUGGAAAUGGCGAGUCCAGGUCCACGUCGCCAGUUAAUGUCGAAUCGGUUCUGUCCGAUUCAGAACUGGAAACGAGAAUCAGAGCCAUGGACGAAAAAUCUCUUCCACCCUCCACCAGAUGGGACUGGGGUGGUUUUCCGAGCGUCUCGGCGACGAAUUCCCCGAUAAGCGAAACUGCCACCAAAGAAGAGCACCGGAGCAUGCUGAGCAGCAUGUUUUCCUUCAUGAAAUCCAAGCAUAACGCGCAGAACCGUUACGCAGAAGGCGGCGUGUACUUAUCGGACAUUACGGCCGGGCAGUUAGAUCAGGAGGUCGCGGAGCUCUACUUUAGCCAAAAGAAAGAUAAAACUGAUAUCGACAUAGAUUGUGAAUCAGGGAAUGGACCGUCGUUGGCGCAGAGCCCCAACAGUCCGGAGGGCUGCAAGAGCAUCGAUUCGGACUUUGAGGAGCACAAUAAGACAUCUCUAAACUCUAUGGAAGUGAGUUUAUCCCUCUGCGGCAACCAGUUCGAAACGUUCGAUCAGCACCUGAUCAGUUUCCCGGACUUUUGCAACAAUCCCGCCGGAAUCCUGGACGAUCCCAAGUUGGUCGUAAAAAUGAACGAGAAAUUCUACAUGGGAAAAGUCGCCGUUCCGAUUUUAAUCAGCGUGUUGGCUUAUGGGAGACCUUUGAUGCAGCCGACUUUAGAUCAGUUACAGAGCCAUUUUAUGCCCUUGUCUGAUGCGAAAGAUGGCGGGGGACAACAGAAGGCGCAGGCGUCUAGUAAGUCGUCGUGGUGGCAUUGGCGUGGCAGGUCGUCGGUUUCGAGGGAAGAUACCCCCGCGAAAGAUGUGACAGAUGGAGCGGAAAAACCGGGGAAAGAGGAGGAGCCCAUGGAAACCGUGGUUGCGGAGGAACAGAGGGAGGGCGAAGAAGCAGCGGAGGAAGUUAAGAAAGAGACUGAUAAACCGAUCGAAGCGCCCCCGCGGCCAGAAAUCACCGUCGUAGAAAAACAGCCGGAACCGGACAAAGUGGUGCCGCCAGAUUCCCCCAAAGGUUCCGAUAAAUUCCGGAAAACCCUCAGACUCAGCUCCAAACAAAUCGGCUCUCUGAACCUCCGUGACGGCAUGAACGAGGUCGAAUUCAGCGUGACAACAGCUUAUCAAGGUACAACCAGAUGCAAAUGUCACUUGUACAAGUGGAAGUGGGACGAUAAAAUCGUCAUUUCUGACAUCGAUGGCACCAUCACCCGAUCGGACGUGUUGGGGCACAUUUUACCUAUCGUAGGCAAAGAUUGGGCGCAAUCGGGGGUCGCCCAACUGUUCAACAAAAUCAAAGAUAACGGAUACCAGUUGCUGUAUUUGAGCGCGAGGGCGAUCGGGCAAGCGAGGAUCACGCGGGAAUAUUUGAAGUCCAUCAAGCAGGGGAACAUGAACAUGCCCGACGGGCCCAUUUUAUUGAAUCCCACCUCUUUGAUUACCGCCUUUCAUCGGGAGGUCAUCGAGAAGAAACCGGAAGCUUUUAAAAUUUCUUGUUUGUCGGAUAUUAAGGCUCUCUUUCCGGUCGAUUUGGAACCGUUUUAUGCUGGAUAUGGCAAUAGGAUUAAUGAUGUUUGGUCGUACCGGGCGGUGGGCAUCCCGAUCCAUCGCAUAUUCACCAUCAACCCCAAAGGGGAAUUGAAACACGAACUGACCCAGACUUUCCAAUCGAGUUACACCGGCCAGUCACUGGUGGUCAACGAGGUGUUUCCACCGAUUUUUCAUAAAAUCCGACGACACUCGGAGGGGUUCAGUUCCGGUUCGGAAUCGGAACCGGAACUGUGACCCUAACGUCGCGCGUAUUAGUUCAAUUUUUUUUUACCUGAAAAGUACAAAUUUCUCGUUAUUUAAAGUUAAUUUUAAUCCUAAUUGACCCGUAAGGCAUCGGAGCAGCCGUUAGCCGUAACAAACGAAUAAAUGUUACACCAAUAUGAGCGUCAUCGUAGACCAGCUGUACCCGUCACGUCUAGAACCGGCCAACGAUUACUCCCAAUUUAGUUACUGGAGGGAACCGGUGCAGGAACUAAUGGAAGAAUGGCCGGAGAUUUAGUCCGAAACGGGAUUUUUCUUUCUUUCGAGCUGGAUCCGAACAAAUCCGCGUCAAGCCAAAAAAAAAUGAUUUCGUGUAACGCUAAACCAAAGUUAAACGAUCGCUUCUUAUUCGCCUCUUUUACGCAUUUAUAUACUUGUGCACCCAAUAAUAAACGUUCUUGUCUUCGUCAUGUUUGUAGUGGCUUCGCUAAUGUUGUAGAGUGCGGGUCGCACUGGUAGAUACUAUUUAUUGUAGGUUAGUUUUGGGUAUAUAAUAUAUAUGAUCGGUUCCGUUUCUUAGUUAAGUUUGUUGGUAUAUUGUGAUACGUAUAAUUUUACCAACAAGCAAUGUCUAGCCGAGGUUUUCGCUUGAUAUCCACGCGAAACCUGAUAAUUUAUACGAUAUAAUUUCCUGUUAGUUAGAUUUUAAGUGGUAUUAUUUAACCUGAAUGGAAACACAGUUGUGAUAUAAUUUUGGUGAUUUUUUUUUUUAAUUCUAGGAUUUUAUUUUUGUUACCGGCUCAAAAUUGUUUUAGCUACAAAUAAAGGCAUAUUUCUUAAGUAGAA